AAAUCCAAAAUCGAGCAGCUGCAGCUGUCAAAAGUGCUCGAAAAGUUUUGUACCACGCACAACUGCUCGAUAAGGGUUCUCUUUCAAUUUAAUCCCUGUGGCAUUCACUACGUUAACCGUUGCUCCUAAUUAACGGAACGAUGUCGGGAAAUCUAGAUGUUCUGUCCCUCAAGGAGGACGAUGUCACCAAGAUGUUGGCCGCGACGACCCACAUCGGAAGCACCUCGGUGAACUUCCAGAUGGAGCAGUACGUGUACAAGCGCCGCACGGACGGUGUGCACAUCAUCAACCUGGGCCGCACCUACGAGAAGCUGCUGCUUGCCGCUCGCUGCAUCGCUUCGAUCGAGUACCCGGGAGAGGUCUUUGCCAUCUCGUCCCGUCCGUACGGUCAGCGUGCCGUGCUGAAGUACGCCCACUACACGCAGGCGACCCCGAUUGCCGGACGCUUCACGCCCGGUGCCUUCACUAACCAGAUCCAGACGACGUUCCGCGAGCCGCGCCUGCUGAUCGUCACCGACCCGCUGACCGACCACCAGCCCGUGACGGAGGCGUCGUACGUCAACAUUCCGGUCAUCGCGUUCUGCAACACCGACUCGCCGGUCAAGUUCGUCGACAUUGCCAUCCCGUGCAACACCAAGUCGACGCACUCGAUCGGUCUGAUGUGGUGGAUGCUGGCGCGCGAGGUGCUGCGCCUGCGCGGCAAGAUCACGCACGACCGCUGGGAGGUGAUGCCGGAUCUGUUCUUCUUCCGCGACCCGGAGGAGGCUGAGAAGGAGCAGGCCGCAAUCGAGGCUGCCGCGCCGGUCAUCAAGGAUGUGCCGGAUGAGGUGGUGGUUGCCGAUGAGCCGACUACCUGGGGCGAGGAUGUGACCCAGACCGCGAUGGCUGUCCCGCAGGCCAAGCCGCUGGCUGUCGCCGGCGCGAACGAUGACUGGAACGAGGACGAUACUGCGCCCGCUGCUCCGGGUGCCGCGUCGUGGGGUGGUGCCGCUUUCUAAGCAUUCGCUCGAGAACGGGCCCAAACCGUUUGUGACCACCCCAGGGGGUGGGGGGGAGGGAGGGUAGCCGAUAGCAUACCAUCGCAGGAUUGUACGGUAUCGUGUGUUAUACCUUCCCUUCUCCCGCACACAACACGUGGGUUGAGGUUGUCCAAAAUCGGAAGAGUGAAAUAAACAGUGUAAGUUGUCACGUUUCAUUCUUUUCGUGAAAACAGGAAAA